CUUGACAUUUGCAGAAGAGAAUACUAUACCAGACAGCAUGAUCCAUGUUUCAAGAACGCAACAGUUCUCCACUUGUGGGACUAUAAGUUUAGACCCGUCUCCUAUGGAAACAACCGCUGACCAGGACCAGGACUUGAGCUCAGCAGCCAGACAUAGAAGACCCAGGUCCCAUUCCUACUACAGCUCAGAGGACGCCAAAAAGUAUGGCGUAGAGACGGCGACAGAUGAGAACUUUGUCAGGCCACGCUCCAGGUCUUUCUAUAGUUACGAGACGUCUGAGCUCUACAGAGAAGGGAACUUUACCAGGUCCAACGCCAUGAGGCCGAGAUCCAACUCCCUGGAGAAGAGUGGGGACGGAAAGACGGAGAAGAGUAGUGCAGAUGGGAAUCAGGGGAUCAUGGCUCGGCUCAAAUCCAAGAGAUCCAAGUCCAACACCAACAAACACUUGCCAUGCAGAGAUCUCAAUGGCAGAAGAGGCAGUCUGAAGGGUGUCCCAAUGAUGACCAUCUCUGAAUCAGACAAGUGGGAGAUCAGCUCCUGCUCUGGUAUGAAGUAUGGCCAGUUUGUGGACUGGGAGAAGAUCGACCCUGAAGCUUCAGAGCGCUACCAGAGGAUCCUGAAGUCGGACCACCAGGAGCUGAAGACCAUGGGUCGAUCAGGGUUCUGGGCCAUGCCCCAUACACUGAGGGCCAAGGCCUACUAUCAUAUAAUUCAUGGUAUCAACUGCAGGUCCAUCAAACUGGAUCGAGAUCGUUACCAGGAUGUGGCCAAGGUGCUCUUCGGGGAGCAGAAGAUGAGCACGCACCCAUUCCCUGAGUACAUGGAUGAUGGCGUGAUCCCCAGGUACUGCCUCAACAAAGCUGGUCUCAAUUCUGUCAAAAAGGUCCUCCUCUGCAUCGGCAAGCAUCUCCCGGACAUCAACUUCUGCCCAAUCCUCCCAGCCUUGGUGGCUCUCCUCCUGCAUUUCAGUGAAGAUGAAGCAGAGUGCUUCCACAGCAUCUGCCGCCUCAUCGCCUACAAUGACCCCAACAAGCGCUAUAUUGACCAGACUUUCCUCACCUACCGGGCCUCCUGCAUGACCUUCGGCGACCUGGCCAACAAGUACUGCCGCGGCAUCCGCAAGCUCAUCGCCAGCUCCCACCAGAACCUCUUUGAGUUCUACUCCGAUUGGAUCAUGUGGAUCUUUGCCGACCUCCCCUUCACAUACGCUAUGAGGGUCCUGGAUGUCUAUCUUCUGGAGGGUUACAAGGUUCUCUACAGGGUGGCUCUGGCUCUUCUCAGCUUGUACAAGGUCUCGGUUUCGUCUCGUGUCGCCGACGUGGAGGACUUCAGGAGAGACAUGAAGAGCUUUGUGGAGAACGUGGCGCGUCACUGUACGGCGGAGAAGCUGCUGGAGAGGGCCCUCAGCAUCCAACUGGCCACGCGGAGGGAGCUCAACCUACUGUUCAACGCUAACAAGGACUCGCUCAGGCAGAAGGGCAUCAGUAUCCACCAGAAGCGGCAGUCUUGCCAGGUAGUGGAUUUUGACAGCUUCAGCUCCAGCGUUGUCACGGGGACAGAGAUGAGGAUUGUCUGGGCCUGGAUCCCUGAACGCUUUGCCCUCUUCAAUCCCAAAAGGCUGUUCAGCACCAAUGAACAUGGCCGAAGCCUGGCCUCAUUUUAUUCCUGUGUUGAGGGGCAUGAGCCAGCCAUCUUGCUUCUGAAAACUGUGGAUGAAGAGGUCUGUGGUGCCUUCCUGUCGACAGAUUUGAUUCAGCGGAAAAAGUAUGAUUCAGAAGAACCUGCGUAUUUUGGGACUGGGGAGAGCUUUGUUUUCACGCUUCGUCCAGGCAUGGAGCGUUAUCAACGGGCUGUGGUUCACAUUACGGCCAAGAGACAACCUUCUCCAGACCUUCGAGCUGCUCGGGUCUGUGUAUACACUUCCUCUGGUAAAGAGGACUCCUCCUCUACCCCAGUCUCCACCACCUCUACGACCAACCACACCACCCUGACCUGUCCAGCCGGGACCCUCCAGGACCCCAGCUACAUGACCAUUCCCAUCACCACCUCCUCCCCCGGACCUCUCUCCCCCUCACCCAAGAGGGCUAAGGAACAAGGGGCCUUCAUGUUCAUCGCCGGAGACCACGAGAGGCUAGUCAUUGGUGGCGAUGGGGGUCACGCUCUCUGCCUCCAGGCUGAUCUGGAGGGGGGCUACACGGAGCGAUGUGACACCUUCGAGAGCGCCCCUCUCUGCAAGAGACACUUCAAGGUCCGGUCACUGGAAGUGUGGGGAAUUCAGAACUCCAUCUCGUUCUCACACUACUUCUCUUACUGUCAUUAAAAGAGGAGGCUGACAUAUGGUUCCCUCUCUUAUAUGAACUGGUUUCUCCUAAUUCUGUUGUUCAUUUGAUUAGACUGUAUUUGUCUUAAUGUUUAUAAUGAAAUAUUUUCUAUUCACACAAUUCAACUUAGUUAUGUGUGUGGAUGACAAUGACCCAUAGGCUAAACUAAAUAAGGUUUUUACAGUUCAUUCGGUAAGUAUUCACACCCCUUGACUUUUUCCACAUCUUGUUACGUUACAGCCUUAUUCUAAAAUUGAUUAAAUCGUUUUCCCCCCUCAUCGAUCAACGCACAAUAACCCACAAUGACAAAGCAAAAACAGGUUUUUAGACAUUUCUGCAAAUGUAUUCAAAAAAAACUGAAAUAUCACAUUUACAUAAGUAUUCAGACCCUUUACGGCACUUUGUUGAAGCACCUUUGGCAGCGAUUACUGCCUCGAGUCUUCUUGGGUAUGAUGCUACAAGCUUGGCAGGCCUGUAUUUGGGUAGUUUCCCCCAUUCUUCUCUGCAGAUCCUCUCAAACCCUGUCAGGUUGGAUGGGGAGUGUCGAUGCACAGCUCUUUUCAGGUCUCUCCGGACGUGUUCGAUCGGGUUUUCAUCAAAGAUCUCUCUGACUAGUCUCCCAGUCCCUGCCGCUUAAAAAAAUCCCCACAGCAUAAUACUGCCACCACCAUGCUUUACCGUAGGGUUGGUGGCAGGUUUCCUCCAGAAAGGAUGCUUGGCAUUUAUGCCAAAGAGUUCAAUCUUUCAUCAGACCAGAGAACCUUGUUUCUCAUAGUCUGAGAGUCCUUUAGGUGGCUUUUGGCAAACUCCGAGUGCCCCGUCAUGUGUCUUCUACUGGAUUCAACUGGCCACUCUACCAUAAAGGCCUGAUUGGUGGAGUGCUGCAGAGAUGGUUGUCCUUCUGAAAGGUUCUCCCAUCUCCACAGAGGAACUCUGGAGCUCUGUCAGAGUGGUCAUCGGGUUCUUGGUCACCUCCCUGACCAAGGCCCUUCUCCCCCGAUUGCUCAGUUUGGCCGGGCGGCCAGCUCUAUGAAGAGUGUUGGUGGUUCCAAACUUCUUCCAUUUAAGAAUGAUGGAGGCCACUGUGUUCUUGGGGACCUUCAAUGCUGCAGAAAUUUGGUACCCUUCCCCAGAUCUGUACCUUGACAUAAUCCUGUUUCAGAGCUUUAAGGACAACUCCUUCGACCUCAUGGCUUGGUUUGUACUCUGACAUGCACUAUCAACUGUGAGACCUUAUAGACAGGUGUGUCCAAAUCAUGUCCAAUCAAUUGAAUUUACCACAGGCGGACUCCAAUCAAGUGGUAGAAACAUCUCAAGGAUGAUAAAUGGAAACAGGAUGCACAUGAGCUCAAUUUUGAAUCUCAUAGCAAAGGGUCUGAAUACUUGUGUAAAUAAGGUUUCUUUUUUUUUUUUUAUACAUUCGCAAAAAAAAUCUUCAAACCUGUUUUUGCUUUGUCAUUAUUUGGUAUUGUGUGUAGAUUAAUGAGGGUGAAAAUGAUCUAAUCAAUUUUAGUAUAAGGCUGUAACAUAACAAAAUGUGUAAAAAGUUUAGGGCUAUUUGAAUUGUGUGCUAUAUUUGUUUGUUGAUUAUUCAUCUACUUAUGGAUGAGCAUUUAUAUUUGUGCAUAUGUUAACAGGGUUGCAAAGGGAGGAUAUACAGGGCCUUCAGAAAGUAUUCACACCCCUUGACUUUUUCCACGUUGUUGUGUCACAAAGUGUGAUUCAAAUUUAUUUAAUUUACAUUUUUUGUAAAAUAUCUACACAAAAUACUCUGUAUGUCAAAGUGAAAAAAAGGUAUUAUUAUUAUUGGAAAAUAAAACAGUAAUAUAUCUUGAUUAGAUAAAUAUUCAACCCCAUGAGUCAAUACUUGUUACAAUCACCUUUGGCAGCUAUUACAGCUGUUAGUCUUUCUGAGUAAGUCUCUAAGAGCUUUGCACACAUGGAUUGUACAAUAUUUGACCAUUAUUCUUUAAAAAAUGUGUCAAGCUCUGUCAAGUUGGUUGUUGAUCAUUGCUAAACAGCCAUUUUCAAGUCUUGCCAUGGAUUUUCAAGACAAUUUAAGUCAAAACUGUAACUAGGCCACUCAGAAACCUUCAAUGUCAUCUUGGUAUGCAACUCCAGUGUGUAUUUGGCCUUGUGUUUUAGGUUAUUGUCCUGCUGAAAGUGAAUUUGUCUCCCAGUGUCUGUUGGAAAACAGACUGAACCAGGUUUUUCUCUAGGAUUUUGCCUGUGCUUAGCUCUAUUAUGUUUAUUUUUAUCCUAAAAAAAAUCCCUAAUUCAUGCCGAUGACAAGCAUACCCAUAACAUGAUGCAGCACCACCAUGUUUGAAAAUAUGAAGAGUGGUACUCAGUGAUGUGUUGUGUUGGAUUUGCCUCAAACAGAAUUUUCAGGACAAAAAGUUAAUUUCUUUGCUACAUUUUUUUGCAGUAUUACUUUAGUGCCUUGUUGCAAAC